AUGGGACAAGCACAGGACAAGUUUGUGGACGAGCAAAAUGAAGACGGUUCACAAGAUUCUCCUACAGUGGAAGACUCCGUGAUUACUGAAGCAACUUUUACCGUGGUUGCGUCGGAAUCUCAAGUUCACCAUGAUAUUAGUUUCUCACCGCCUUCUACACAAAACACACAACUAAAAAGAACUAGUCCAAAUUCUGUGUUCGGUGAUAUAGAACCCAAUGGCAUUCGAAGUGAAAAAGGAAAGUUUUUCGCUUCAGAUGUCAAUGGUCACAUUGAUUUGGCAGAGAAUGAUGAUAAUUUUACUAUUCACCUAACCAGCUCCACAAUAGAUUUUUCAAAUAACUCACUCGCGAGUUCACUUGCGAAUUUAACAAUCCGAGAUUCACCAUCAUUGGAUAGUAUGACAACAGCGUCUGUUGUGCAAGCGACAAAGGUGAAGAACACACAUAACAGCUUAUCUAGAACCAUUGAAAACUAUAGUCCGACUGUAGAGGAAAAAUCCGGUUCAAUUAAAAUAGCAGGCACAGCGGAAUCAACACGUAAAAGGACAUCUAAGGAUAUAAAAUCAACAUUAGCUGACGAAGCCGAAUAUACGAUACCACCAGCCAUUGCAGAGGAUGUUUUGCGAGAAAUGUUAGCAAAUAAGCCUAGUCAGGAUUUACUCGAAGAGUUGGAGCCACCAAUCGUGGUCACAAAUGGGAAAGGAGAAAAUUCUUCAUCAAAAUUUAAAGGCGAUUCGGUAAACCAUGAGAAAAAUGGUGAGUCCUCUGAACCGAGCAAAAGUAGUAACAAAAAGAACAAUUUGUUAAUUUUAUCUGGCAUGAUAGAUUCCCCUUUUCCAUCCAAAUUUACAUUUCCAAAUAUUGCGGACAAAAAUUUCUUUCUACCGAAUUUUUCAAAUUCACCUGCUACCUCAUCGUUACCUUCAUUUUCCUUUGGAAAUCCUUCUGAAUUAUCAUUACAAAACCCUUUUCAAAAUCCUUCCAUUUCUUCCAAUGCACCCGCAAACAUAUCACAUCAAAAGGAACAACGGCGCGUAACACUUCAAUGGCAUCCACCAGUUCUACCGGUCCUUGACAAGUUUUCACCUCAACUUUCGUCAAAAACACCAUCUAUAUCGAUGCCAUCUAGUUCUAUAUGGCCUCCGUCGAUAAAUACCACAUCUCCAACCGAUACGCACUUUUCAAAUUCUAACUUAUUGUUUCCACAGUUUACUGGAUCUUUUAAAUUUGAUAUGAAUUCCAAAAAUGCAAUUUCUGGACCUCAAUCGUCUAGUAUGCCACCACCGUUAGUCCAUCCUUCAACGCCACCAUUAAGUCCAUCGACAAAAAAAUCAACUGCAUCACCACCUGCGUCGUCAUCGAGGAAAGGAUUACAUUCCAAUGAACGAAAUGGAAGAACUACGACAUUGUAUGUGUCAGCAAAGCCACAGACCAAGAGUGUCGAUAGUAAUAAUGUAAAUGGAAAUAUUCAAACACCUUUACUAGUUUCUUCAACACCUAAAAAAAUGCCAGUGAAGUUUGGUGACGUUAGUAACACUCUAACAUCAACGUCAUCAACGACAAAAGGAAUAACGAAUAGCAUUAAUAGUAAUAAUACUGCAAAUCCAUCCACAACGUUACAGACAUCACCACCAAGAGGAUUUGCCCAUAAUGCGACGAAUACAUUUCCUUUUUUCAGGCCAAUUCGAAAAUUACCAUCGCGGGCUAAAUCUCGUCUAGCAACCAAUGGAAUUAUAGUUACAGCGCCAACACAGCCUUUGCCCGUUAUACCGCCAUCACCCUUAUUUUCAUUUGCAACACCAACAAAUUCAGAAGAGGAAGAUUUUGACGCUGAGGAAGAAGAUGGUAGUAACGAUAACGGGCAUACUGACUGGUUGGAUAAUGCUAAUAACAAAAAGAAAAGAAAGGCCUUGCAAACCGUGGGAGGUGGUUCGGUGAUGAACAGUAGUGUUGGUGGUGUCAUGAAGACUUCAACAGCGAAAGAACGAGCAAAUCCACUUAGAAGAGUGGAAAGACGCUCAACACAACGUAAUAUAAAUCUUAUGAAUAAAACGUCAUUAAGUAGUGAUAUGGUAUCUUCGUUCGACCAUAAAAUUUCAGAUAAGGAUAUUGAUAGUGUACGUCCUCCUCAGACAACAUUUGAUUUUUCAUUUAAAUCAAUUCCCGAAAAAUCUGCUGCAUUAGCUGCUGCAAGUGUUAAUGCUUCCAGUGCAAAGCGGCUGGCUGCUGUUUCGCCAAUUCAAACAAUGAAUACUAAGAAUGAUCCAUUCACAUCAUCAUUGUUUCUUCAACAAUCGCCAACAGUUACAACUAUUUCUGUAUCUGGCGGUUCAAAGAAGAAAGCGUCAACAAAACGUGCGGCACCAUCGUCUGUUGCAUUCAAAAAUGACGAAGACGACACAUCAUCAACUUCUGGUUCAGUAGACAUUCAAUCUGUUAACAAUAAUGCUCCAAGGCGUAGAAUCAAAUUUCCUGAAAAAAAUGGUGAUUGGAUUUGUAUGUUUUGUGAAUAUCGGCUGUAUUAUGGUGAUGAGAGGCGCGCACGAAGGCGCCCAAAAGUAAACACUGUAAGUGCUAAUGGUGGCUAUGGGGGCAAUAAUAAUUCAGGUGAAGGAGGAAAUGGGCCUGACAAGGCCCUUGCGACUUAA